AUGUACAGAAGAGUGACCAUCUGUGACGGGAUCCUCGUCGAACGUAGCGCUGCUUCCAAAGUGGCCGAAGAGUCGAAAAUCUGUCAGACGGGCCUAAACAAUCUGUCCUCUUCCGAAAGCGAAGACACCGGGGUUUAUAUCAGCACCGCCUCGCAACCGUUUCGUCGAGUGACCUUCUCGGUGGUGAGCCAGCCCCAGGACCCUCACCAGCAGGGAUCGCUGCAGAGCUGCUACGACAGCGGCCUGGAUGAAUCCGAGACACCCAGCAGCAAGAGCUCUUCGGGCCCCCGGCUGGGCGCCCUCCCCCUGCCCGAGGACAGCUACGAGAGGACAACGCCGGAUGGCAGUGUCGGUGAGGCAGAGCACAUGGAAAAUGACUCCCGGCCCUUGCCUGACGUAGCCAUGACUGGCAAGUGCACCCGGGAGUGCAACGAGUACGGCCACUCGGACUCCUGCUGGAUGCCUGUGCGCACGUCGCCCGAGCGACGGCCGUCCAAGUCAACCACCAACCCCCAACAACAACCAAAGCUUUCCACUUUCAUGACCGGCAAUGGCAGCAGCGGGAGCAGUAGCAGCAGCGGCAGCGCGGAGCAGCCGGGCAGCCAAGAGACCCUCGCCAUGGCCGCCAUGGCCAACGGAGACCCCACCACCACGCACAUGAUGGGAGACCGCAACCGCAACUUGCUCAACAAGAAGAUGGCCUCCUCCUCUUCUUCUUACGAGGCCUUCGGCUCGCCUUCCUACGGCUCGCCGGGAGGCGGCGAGGAGAUGCUGGGCCACCCUACCGAGGAGAUCCCCCUCGCGCCAACCGGAGAGUACAAGCCCACGUCGUGUGGCACGCUGACACGACGGGAGGUGUACCUGUAAGCUCGGAGUCUUACCAUAAAACCGGUGGCAUUCAAAACCCGUCGCGAACGACAGUCACUUACCCAUAAUUGUUGCAGUUACAGAAGGUUUUUUUUUUUUUUUUGUCCCAGCCACCCGAACGCCAACUAAAACUUCCCCAGAGACGUUACAGCUACUCCUUGACGAAACAUCUAAGUGGACAUGUAAACACAACGGUUUUACAAAGUGCUAUUUCUGGCCAUGACCUGGCAGAGAAGAGGAGGAGGAACUAAUGGCAAGUCUCGCUGUUUGGAGACAGUCUGCUGCCUGAUAGUCAAUCUGUAAAGUUAAACAACUCAUUUUAGAUAUACAGCACACGCAUGACUACCCUACAGAAGUAACUGUUGUUUUUAAAGAUAACGCUGUAAAAAAAAAUACGCCCGUUUCGUUCAUUGCCCUCGUCUGUUCUUUUCUGGAAUCAGAACCGUUCUCGCAGACUGUUUUGACUUUGGAAUUUGCCUCGAUUUGGCCUUUUUUUUUUUUUUUUUUACAGUCCAGAAUAGUCUGGCCAAGAUGCCAUUUUAUCUAAA